GGCCAAGCUCGGAUCUAAAUAACUUUCUCCAGGGUCCCCGUGGGGAUUGGGGAGGAAGAAAAGGCGUCUGGAAGCUCAAGGAGGGCGAAGAGCUGUGGCCGUAGGGGGGGUCCGCAAGCCCGGCGCCUCCCCAGCUGUCCCCCUCGCGCAGCAUCGCGGGGAGCCGGGGCGGGGGACAGCACGCAGCUCCCCGCCCCUGCCUUGCCUCCCCAGCCUCGUCUGGCCGCCCGGACCCGCCCACGUGGGGCCGCAGCCCAUCGAAUGGCUCGGUGCAACGUGUUGGCGGCGGCUGCGCGGGCUCUUCCGGCCUCCGCCGUUUCCUGCAAAGCAGAACCCCCCACCCCUCGCCCGGCCCCUCGUCUCCUCUGGCCCGCGACCCCAGCAGCUCCGCGCGGCCCGGCUGAGCGCGAGGCUCCGGCUAGUUGCAGCCGCAGGCAUCAUGAGAGCGCUGCUUUCCCCGUUGCUGCUCCUACUGCUGCUAGCUCCCGGAACGUGGGCUAGCGUUUCCAUCCCUUCGCCCAAGCAGCAGCCGCAGCCGCAGCCGCCCGUGCCCCCCGAGAUAAGCCCCGGCUCGGGGCCGGGCAAUGCCACCCUGCUGGAAGGAGAGACGGUGGUGGGCGGCAGCGCCAACCGGAGCGAAACCUUGGUGACCCGCAUCUCCAGCCUGCUCCGGGACCUGCCCACCCUCAAGGCGGCCGUGAUCGUGGCGUGCGCCUUCACCUCCUUCCUCAUCGCCUGCCUGCUGCUCCGGGUGUUCAGGUCUGGAAAGAGAAUAAAGAAAACCCGGAAAUAUGAUAUUAUUACGACUCCAGCAGAGAGAGUAGAAAUGACUCCUUUAAAUGAAGAUGAUGAUGAUGAGGAAGACUCAACAGUUUUUGAUGUCAAAUACAGGUAUAUUUACAGGUAAAAACCACUUUUCUGGAGUUGGGGCACACCAUGGAAAAUCAGUCAGCCAUAGAAAACUCUGCUGGACCCUGAAGUGUGAAAGGGAGGGUGGAAGUCAUCAUCUCUGAAGCAUUGAUACCAAAACAAAUAUUCCCUCUGACUCCAGGACCUUAUUUAUAAACUGUUCAGCAGCAGGCGGGCCUGUGUUGAACUUCUGUGACAAAAUGUCAGAAUUAAGCUCUUCAUUUCCAAACCACUACCUUAGGUUAACCUGUGUCAAUCCUUUGAAUGUCUCUUUCAAAUGCCACCAGGCUCCAGUUCUUUCUUCUUGAAGAGGUUCUUUAAUAAGGGGUAAGGGUAGAAACUAUUUUUUGCUUUUCUCAUUUUAAAGCAUAUUUCUGCAAGAUGAGAAUAUUAAAAAAAAAAAAAAAAAAACAACCAGAUCCCAAACACUAAAAAACCAGAAAAAAAUUGAAUUUUAUAAUUUAGAAUUAGAUGCUUUUUCUUGUCUGACUCUUGAGUCUCAAGAUCUGAGGUUGUACCAGCCUCUUGGCUGCUUUAAAUUCCAGCCACUUGCCUUAAUCUUUUGGUGAGUGUGUUUAAUGGAAAAACAGAUUUCAACAACGGUGGCUAGUGGCUCUGUGCUAAACCCAGCCUUGCUAUGAUUGUGUGUUUCUAUGCGGCCGAUUUAUUGGUGAAGAAAAUUGUGAUAGCUUGCUACUGAUUUUGACAAUUGCACUAGCCCCUACUGAAUCAUGCUGUUCCUCAUGCUCCAGUGGAGCUGAUUGGUGUUUGAAAUGAAGUAGUUUUUGUUAGGCUUAUUAUUAUUAUUAUUAUUAUUUUUUAAGGAGUGUGAGUUGAACAGAAUUAGACUUGGCUGGUUUGAAAAGAAUUGUGGAUUUUAGGAAAAAAAUUAUAUUUUUAUGAUUUUUCCUCCUCUGCUGGGAAAAUAAAACACCAGGCAGCUUUUGGUUUGUGUAAAAGUUUGUGCCAUUUUUCUUCCUCUGAUUUUUGCCACAGCUGUAUUUGUGUGUGUGAGUGUAUGUGUGUGUUUUCAGUUGCCUGAAUUUAACUGAGUGGCAGUUUGGAUGGCUGAGAACAGUGGCUGUAUCAGAAGUAAAUUCAGAACUGGAGAGAGAACAUUUUUUCAUCAAACUGGAAAUAUCCCUGUCACUUUGGGUUGAUGAAUCUUAUUUUACUGAAAAGUAUUCAUCUAUUUUUUUGUUUCCUCUUAUACUUCAGGAAUUAUGAGUUUAGGCAAUAAGUAUUUCUCUUCAAAAUUAGAUUUGCAUCAUUCACAAAGAUUGCAGAACUCAUAACUUUAGAAGUAUGUGCAUCUGUUGAUUGCCAGUCACCCAGAAGUGACUGAAUUUGCCUUUCCUUGAUCAUUGCACUAAAGUCUAUUAGUGACACAUUUUGAAACCCAGGGAAUUUGAUCUGACUUGAAUUAUUUUUUUUUCCCUUCUUUUCCCUUUCCUCUUCCUUCUUGUUUCCUCUUGUUUUCUCUGUUUAUUCUAUGUAGUCUUUCUGGAUCUUCUGGAUCUAUUUCUCUUAAGCUUUGUAAGUUAUUAGAAGUCUGUAUUAUUAAAAUAUUUCUCUUACUCCCUGGGAAGGUCUCUUAGUUCCUGAGGCUUUCAGUGUUUUGGGACUCUUGGGACAUUCACAGACCUUUUUAAUACAGCAGAGAGAGUGCUUUGAAUAUAGCAAUCUAUGAAGACUCCUUCUAAGAAUAUCUCUUUGUACUUCCAUAGCAUUUUGAAUCAAACCAGAAAAGCUUUGUAGCUAUUGAAACCAACAUACAGUGCCUCUUGGACCUUUGCCCUAUGCAUUGGCUCCAUAUGUUGACCUUUUUUCUCCCCCUCCUUUUUUUGGCCAUCUGCUAAAAAGGGUGGGAAUAUGAACAGAGAAGGUUAUGGUUAUUCCAUAUCUCUUGAAAAAUGCACUCAGCCAGAGUGCUGAGUAUAAAUGACACCUUCCUAUUUACCAUCUGCUCCUUUUGUACCUUUUAACUGGAACUGUGCUGAUACACUGCCUUUAAAAUAUCUCUUUUCCUCUCUCCCUCCUCCCAUUCCAUUUGCAAGAUGGGCCAAAAAACUGGAUUUUCUCCUUUAUGAACUGGUUGUCAGAAUUAAGUUUUUGGAAUUAUUAGUGAUUUCUAAAGCAGGUUAACAUGGAUGAUCCUUUAAAUUCUUGGAGGAAUUUUUGAACUAUAGGCAUUUAGGUGAAGAUUUGGCUGAAACAAAUUGUUUUUUGAUAGUGAUGCUUUUUUGAAACAGAAUAUGGUGCCUUUUUCUCUUAGAGAAGUGGCUGAACCUUUUAAAGGUUAUUUAUUUCAAAGCUUUAUGAGCAUCAAGUUCAUUGGAUGGUUCCACAAAUCUGAUAAAUUACCAAAAGAACAGCAAAAAAAAGAUGUUUAAACAUAACAUGGUGAUGGGAAAAUUUGUUUUUAUUUUUAUUUUCACGUGGUCCUGGUGAACAAAUUUUUAACAACUUCCUCUCUUGAUGUAUGAUGAUAAAAGGCCCUUUUCAUGAUAGCCAGUUUCUUGGGAAGAUCUUUGUAUUUCUUUAAAGAUUAUGUGCCAACCUUAUUAAAGUCUCUCACCUUUGACCUGAAUUAAACUUUCUGAUAUUGCUAUUGCUCAUCAUUUCGUGUGUGUGUGUGUGUGUAUGAAUGUCUGUCUGUAUGUAUGUAUGAUAAGGAUAAGCUUAAGGGAAGGAGUUUGUAACUCUCCAUUUUCUCUAAAGGUUAAAUAGCCAGAAAUAAGAGGGUCUAAUGAUUUUUCUGGGAGUUCUUUUUCACACAGUGACAUUCUGAGCAAUAGUGAAAUUUAGAAGCAGCUCUUUUCUUAGUUGAGGUAUUUUAAACCUAAAUAUCUCAGACCUAGUGUUUGGUCCUGUACUUAAGAGAUUCUGUUCAACCUGUAAUAACUAGGCCAGGGGCAUUUUCUUCACUGAAAAGUUUGUCUUAUACUGGUCUAUAUAUACAUUCAUGGAUAAGCUCAAGAGGAGGAAAAAAAGCUUGUUCUGCAGUCAACUUUAUUGAUCGACUGAACCACAGAUAGAAAAUGACUUUUUCUGAUUGUCUUGCUUGCAUUUCACUUGGAUAAUGGAUAGUGAAUUGGGAAAGUGUCCUUCAGCAUACAUCUUUCCAAUAAAGAAGAUAAUAUAUAUAUAUAUAUAUUUUUAUUCCUCGCUAUACUAUGGAAAGCCCAAGUGGAAGACAGAAAAGAUUAUGACUCAACUCUUAUCACCUCUUCCUUCUAAGUGGAGAACAUAUUGAAAAGGUGAUGUUAGGAUUGAUUAUUCUAUAACUUAGUGUUGGGGAGGAGGAAGGUAUUGUAAGAAUGUUUUCAAAAUGACAGGCUUCAAUUUUUAACCCUAAAGAACUCUUGGAAAAAGCCUUGAGUUUUAUUGUUAAAUUUCUUUGAUAAAAUGCUUACCUUUUAGACAAAACUUUUCACCAAAUAAAGGUUAAACUGGCUGGUUGGCAGAAGAGUGGCUCCUGGUAGUAUAUUAUUAGUCUACAUUUGCCCAAAAAUGAAUUGUCAUCUAAAAACUUUAUUAUUGAGAUUUGAAUAUUUGUAUUGGAUUAAAUAUGGGCAGGAGGGAAGAAAUGGGGCUCUAGGAUUUUAUAUAGCAAAACCAAGAAAUUUAAGCCAUCUUGAAAGUGCUUUAUCAGAGGAUUAAAAAAAAAAAAGUCUAUGUGGUAUUUAGAUCAACAGUUGAUAAUUGCUGACAAAUUUUGGAAGACUUUCCUGGUAUGGUUUAACUGCUUGAAUCAGUUGAAUCUGUGCCUUUGGGAAAAAAACAACAACUGAGGCCUGGAGAAGUGGCUCUAUCAGAAACUUGAGUCCAAUUACUGCUUCAUACUGUACUGUAUAUUACUAAUUCAUAGUAAUGAUGAAAGAAAAAUUCUUUGUUUUUAUUGAGCAGAGAAUUUAGAGUUUAUGAGCAUUUGUUGUGAAUUCAGUAAUAUGUGUUGUAUAGGAUUUUUUUUUUUUUAAUGGAGACUCUUAAGUUGCAUUAUCUUUUGUAAAUGAAUUGACAGUGAAUGGUCAUGGUCUUUUUGAAUGAUUUGUCAUUAACCACUUCAUGGAUGUAAAGUAUUUUCUUGAAGUCUUUUGUAUUGCAGAGUACCAAUAUACAUAUACUUUUAAAAGUG